AAGUUUUAAAGCAAAAGCAAAAGGCGAAAAGCUCAGCUCAUCUAAAGGCAUUCAACCAUCUGUAUAAAGAAGAAGUGUGCUUGCUUGCUUGCUUGCUUUUGUAAGAGCUGCAAGGAAGGCCAUUGAUGAGGAGACGAAGCUCGUAAGAAACGAGAGAGAGAAUGACGAGUAAGCACAGAGACGAAGGAAAUGGCGAGCGGAUUGUAUCGGAAGGAAGUCGCGGUCGAGACGAUGGCGGUGAGAUGGGGAAGAAACUGACCGUAUCGACAUUGCAAGCUAGAGAAGAAGAGAUUGAGAGGAGGAAGAUGGAAGUUAAGGAGAAGGUUGAGUUGCAGUUAAGCCGUGCUGAGGAAGAAGCUAAACGCUUAGCACAAAUUUGGGAAGAGCUGGAGGUAAUGGGAGAUCCAAUGGGGAAAGAAGUUGGUAAUGUGAGAAAAAGAAUAGACACAGCUAAGAAGGAACUGAAAUCACUGGGACAGAUCUGCCAAAAGAAGGAAAAAGAAUAUAAAGAAGUCUUGGAAAUAUUCAAUGAAAAAACCAACGAGAAAGCUCAGCUACUCACUACACUCAUGGAGCUGCUGGAUCAAAGUGAGAGAUGGAGGAUGAACAAGCUUGAAGAAUUGAGUAAGCACAUAGCAUUGACGAACUGAUCGAGAAAAUAUGAAUGGCUAUCUAUAUUGUUGUCCAUGAGUAGCACCUUCAUUUUUUCUGUUCUUGUUAAAAUUGUACUUUUAUUUAAAGAAAUGUUUCAGAAAGUGUUAAAGAUAAA